GACAGACGGGAUUCAUGUAUUUUUUUGUUUUGAUGACUUGAAUUUUUCAUUGAAGAUAUUUUUAUUUUGGUUACCCUUUGCAAUACCUAGUGAUUUUUACCAUUAAAAUGACCACAUUUGGAGAAAUCGUUGAACCUACUAGUAGAAGCACAUGGGAAGAUUGGGACGAUAUUGUACCAGAACAAACUAUUACAAAAUUAGCAUUGCAAGAAAGCACAGGAAUCUUGGCUAAAGUUGAAUCAUUUAUUAUUCUAGAAGGGAAAUACUUAACUGAAUUAGUUGCUUUGCACUCUCAACAUGAAUUGGAGGUGUUAAAUUCAAUCACUAAAGUGAAUUUGCACAUAUAUAAAGAAAAAUCUUUAAAUUCUUAUUUGUGUGUUGUUAAGGAUUACAAUUUAUUACAAAGCAGUGAAAUAGUUGAGCUCCUCAAACCAUUUCUGCUUGUUAGUAAAAACGUUAUUGCAAUACAAACAAAGCCACUGGCUGAAUAUCAAUCAUCUGAAGUGACUAAUACAGACUGCAUUAUUAGAGCUGUGUUCACAAGUAACUUGGCCUCAAAGUAUUUGAACUUUAAUUACCCGAGGCUAGAACAACCAAAUAUAAUAACUGGAUUGAGUGCAGGAGUUAUUUGCAUGUCGGAUUUCUUGAACCUUCCUGGUGUGGCUAUUAUCUGCUACCUGGAAUGCCCUGAAGAGUAUCGGAUUGACGAAGUCCAGAAUUUACUGAAAAAAUUAAAUAUUAUCCACAACUCUGCAUCUAGACCCAAUACUAUACUCAAUUCCAAUCUUUACAUUUAGCAAGACAUUGUUAAUAAAUUUGUUUUUUUUAUAUAUAAAA